AUGAGUGUCUCUCGGAUACCCCUGCGGCUUUCGACGGUGCGUCUGGCGUCGAGUGUGCGAUUUGCCUCGUCUCAGGCCCCGCCACCGCCGCCACCGCCGCAACCCGAGCAGCCCGAGUCCUCCAAAGCAUCCCGCGCCAAGGUCGCCUUCCUGUCCGGCGCCUCUCCCGACCAGCCCGAGGUCAAGUCUGUCAAGGACAAGGAUCCGUAUGCCGUCCCACCGCUGAGUCGCCCGCUCGGCACUACCAAGGUGCCGACGUCGAUUCCGAAAACGUGGGCCGAGAAGAAGGAGGAGCUGUUGGACCGGGACCGCCACAAGGCGAAGCGCAAGGCGCUGCUGAAGGAGGCGAGCCAGGGCUAUUUCCACGACUACAACCUGGCGAAAAAGGCCAACGGCGGAAAGCUCUGGGUCGCGCCGCCGGUACUCAUCCGUGAAGACACGACGCGCGUCAGUGAGGAGCAUGUGCAGAGCUUCGUUGAGCCUGUUCUCGAGGACUGGGAGGGACAGCCGGGCUUCCAAUAUGUCAUUGCGAACCCGCUCAAGUCCAUGCUGCUGUCCUUCUUCGUGUCGUCGCUGAAACGUACCGUUCCCGAGUCGCGGUGGCCGUCGUACCUCUGCUCAUCGGGAGAGUGGAACCUGUUUGAUCCCCUCGGCAUCGAGAAUCAGUUGCUCGGCUACGUCUAUCUUGUCGACGAAAACUGCAAGAUUCGUUGGGCAGGCUGCGCCACGGCCAAGCCCGAGGAGACGGAAAGCCUGCGCAAGUCGACGGCCGUGCUCAUGAAGCGCAUGAAGGAGUCGCGAUAG